CACAUGCCAGGAUCCUCGCACUGUACCUGAGCACUCCACUCCACGCAGUGACCACCCACGCUGAGAUCCAGAGCGCGCAAGAGACGGGCAGAGUGGAAGGAACCCACUGCUUUCCACAUCUGCACAGCUCCUUGGAGUCUCUUCAUCAUCUUUCCCGCACCAACACCCCAUCAUCAUCAUCAUCACCACCACAGUCUCUUCAAGCCAGUUAGAUCAUGAACCUGCUCUUUUUUGGUUGCUAAGGAGGGGAAUUCGAGCUCCGUGGAGUGGACGAGGCGGUACUUACUAAGAGACGGAAAGAGAGAACAAGAGACCAAGCAUGGCCCAGGCCUCUCAGGACCAAGGAGCAGUGGGCAUAGCCGACCCAGAUGAGGAUUCACCCAACAUGAUUGCUUACAGAAAGAUUGAGGACAUCAUCACACGCCUCCAAGAUGAAACUGAAGGUGUUCCUGUCAGAACGGUCAAGAGCUUCCUGUCCAAGAUUCCCAGCGUUGUUACAGGUUCCGACAUUGUUCAGUGGAUGAUGAAGAACCUCAACAUAGACGAUCCUGCCGAGGCCAUACACAUCGGCAGCCUGAUCGCCGCCCAGGGCUACAUAUUCCCUAUCUCUGAUCAUGUUCUCACCCUCAAGGAUGAUGGGACGCUAUACCGCUUUCAGGCUCCAUACUUCUGGCCUUCUAAUUGCUGGGAGCCAGAGAACACAGACUACGCCAUCUAUCUGUGCAAACGGACGAUGCAGAACAAGACCCGGCUGGAGCUGGCGGACUAUGAGGCGGAGAAUCUAGCGAGACUACAGAGGGCUUUUGCAAGGAAGUGGGAGUUCAUCUUCAUGCAGGCUGAGGCACAGGUCAAGAUCGACAGGAAAAAAGACAAAACGGAGAGGAAGAUUCUGGAUAGUCAAGAGAGAGCCUUCUGGGAUGUUCACCGUCCUGUGCCUGGGUGUGUGAACACCACAGAGAUGGACAUCAGGAAGUGCCGCCGCCUGAAGAAUCCUCAGAGGGUGAAAAAGUCAGUGUAUGGGGUUGUGGAUGACACACACACUCAGAGUCCUGUACACACACCCUCCCAGCAGAGCAGCAAGGACACCAGAGAGGACGUAGAGAAAGAGAUUAUCUUCUUGAACACUCAGUUGGAUCGGCACUGUAUGAAAAUGUCCAAAGUCGCUGAGACAUUGAUGAUCUACACAGAGCAGUAUCUUGACUAUGACCCCUUUGUGACUGUACCAGAUCCAGCUAACCCCUGGAUCAGUGAUGAUGUCACUUUCUGGGAGCUUGAGGCCAGUAAGGACCCGAGUCAACCACGAGUAAAGAAGUGGGGCUUCUCAUUGGACGAGGCUUUGAAGGAUCCAGUGGGCCGUGAGCAGUUUCUUAAAUUCCUGGAGUCCGAAUUCAGCUCCGAGAACCUGCUGUUCUGGUUGGCAGUGCAGGAUCUGAAGUGCCGCCCCCUGCAGGAAGUGGCAGCUCGUGCUCAGGAGAUCUGGCAAGAGUUUCUUGCUGAGGGAGCUACCAGUGCCAUCAAUCUGGACUCGCACAGCUACGAGCGCACCAGUCAGAAUCUAAAAGACCCGGGCCGCUACAGCUUUGAAGAUGCCCAGGACCACAUCUACAAGCUGAUGAAGAGUGACAGUUACCCUCGUUACCUGCGCUCCAAUGCUUACCAGGACCUCCUGCUGGCCAGAAAGAAGCCUGAGGCUGAGCAAGGUCGACGCACAUCCCUGGAGAAAUUCACUCGCAGUGUGGGCAAGUCUCUGACAAGUAAACGACUCACAGGCCUCAUGCAGUCCUCCUGACCAGUUCGGCAGUUUGCAGUCUGUUGGGGUGGAAGGAUUGUGGCCAUGACGGGCCACGUGUAUGGACCACCCUCUCUCCAAAACCCACCCGAACACCGCACAGCUACUGACUCUAGAUGGCAGCAUGCAAUAAGUAAAAAAAAAAAAUCUCCAAAUGGCAACAGUGCUGUCUAUAUCUCUUAAAUCAGUGACUACAAAGACUGCAUACAUGAAUGUCAGAUAUAUCAGUACCAUCUAGAGAACCAUUUUACGUUUAUUUGAAAUCUACAACCAAACUGGAGCACGGACGGGACUGUCUCCCUGGAUUACUAUUACAAAACAUUCAUUAUCAGAUAUGAAAACUUUGUCCACACUAAGCAUUUAGAUGAAGUGAGGAUGUGUCUCAAAUCUUCAGAGCAUUCCAAAGGAGUGAAGAACUUGACAAGGGCUUUCAGUGACUAUGUUCCCUCAGUCAAGGUUUGCACAGAACUUUUUGUCAUAUAUAUAUUUUUGUUGUUGGACAGUCACAGAAUAUGAAGAAUGAAAGUGGAAAUGAAGGGGUUUGGAAAAGCACAUUAUUAUUCCUGCCAUUUCGGAGAAACUAGAGUUAUUUAUUCUGUCUACAGGCCGUGUUAUACUCACCUACUGUGUUAGCACAUGAUACUUCUAACUGAGAUGAGAAAAUAAUGAAGAGCGAUUACUUUUAGAGUCAGUUUUAUUGAGGAAAAAUAAUAAAAAAGUGGUAGUAUUGUAUUCCAGGGUGAUUCAGAGCACAGAAUAUUGCUUUUGCACAAAAAUGGCGCCAAUGAGGAACGCAGGAUCCUGGAGAUGCGAGUCCAGCUUUGUCACCGUGUUUCCUGAACAGCUUUACAGCUAAAUGUCCAAACAAAUAACAAAAUUAAAUGAUUUAGGAGCAUUUAUGGAGGCCUGUUUUGUCACAUAAAAAAAUCUAAACUGACCUUUCGCAAGGAGUUUGAUUGACAGGCGAUCUAACCAAUCAUAAUUAUCCGAGAAACAAACCAGACGGGAGAGUAGAUUAUCCUCGGUGGACUUGAACCUGAAAAAUGAGGUGUAUUGACCUUUCCGCAGUUUAAACAAGAUACCUUCUGAUGUUCAUUUAUGAUGAUUUGAUGCUAUAACUAACGUUAGUCGGUUUACAUACUGCUUGAACUGAGGCACCAACUUACAGCGAUCUGUCACGACUGCCCUCAAUUUUUUCAACGUUCAUACCAAAACUAAACUGCUCUGUCUUGUCUGUCAGCACGUUGUCAUUUUCUUCUUUGAUCCGCGAUUUAUUUUCACUGUGUUGUAAUUUCACUUUUAACAUGAUGUGAGGCAAAAGAGCGCCAUGUCUUGUCGGACAGCAGUCAGUAACGAAAACUGGGCGGGUCUUUGCGAAGGGUCGAUUGUGACAUAAAUUGAAAUGAUGAGAUUCAAUUAUGAGAUUUCUGAGGGAAAAAGUCAAAAUUCCAUAAAUUAUUAGAUUAAAAAAAUUCUGAAUCUAUAUAAAAAAAAAGUUAAAACGAUGAAACUGACAAAAUAAUUCAAUAACUGACAAAAACUAUUAAAAAUAGUUUAUAGUUAUCUUUAUCUUAUAAUAUCGCAAAAUUAUUCGAUACUAAGUCAUAAUUGGCGUAAAUCAUAAUUAUUUAAAAAAUCUCAACUUUUAGUGUCAUAAUUAUGACUGUGUCAUAAUUGUGAUAUACCAAAACAAAUUGUUUUUUUCUCUCGUGUGGCAGAAAUGGGGUUCCAUAAGCAUCUGAUAUUACGGUAUGUAAACUGUGUUUGUCUUUGCUUUAAUAUUGUAGUGUAGAAUGUAAGCGCUUAAUGUCGCUCUGUGUCAGUGUUGUGAUUAGUAUGAUGAUGAUGACGAUUUGCUCUGAACACAAACAUAUGGGGGUCACAGCUCUUCCCUUUAACAUAGACAGUGUUUUUGUGGGAUUACUACCCAUUAGAAAGGUGUUUCUUCAUUGCAUUUCUGUCAUUUUUAGCUUGCAUCGUUUCCUGAAGCAGCAUCACUGCCAGAGACACAUAGACUUACGCUGCUGGAACACAUGCGUUCUCACAGUUGUCUUUAGCCCACAGAUUCAAACACAGUCAACUGGCAGAGCAGAAAUGUGUGUGCGACUGAUAUAGCAUGUUUCCUUUACACAUGUUCAGGUAGUUGAUUUAUUGACUCAUAACUGUACAUUAGGUUGAAAUGGAAUGUAUAGACUUUGGAGCAAUCCUGGUUAUGGAAGAUGCCGUGUAGAAUACUGAACGUGGAAUAUAACUUAGAGGCACAAGUGCCAUAUUCAGCACAAAACUAUGCAUGGAAUAUUUCUAAAGAGUUUUAUUGCUUUUAGGCUUUUUUUUUUCAUCGGUAAAGAUGAAGAUCCAGUAGGUCAAUAUAAUGGAAAGGAGGACUGGAAGUCCUGAGACAUUCAAUAAACAUUCAGUUUGGAG